AUCGAAGAAUAAUGGGAAUGAGACCGUAAAGACCACCAAAAGUAUUAAAAAGCCAGAUAUCUCAUUUUGGGUUUGUCUUUCAAGUUUCAACAUGAGACGUGAAGGAGUAAUAAAGUAAAGAGAGAUUUAUAAGAAGACAGGGAUUAGCAGCAAUUGCAGUGAGCAUUGAAUCUUCCAUUUUUCACAUCGCCCCUUGAUAGCUCAUUGCAUAGAAAAUUGCAGAUUUCCUGGUGAUACUUUGCCUCGUGCUAAUGGGAUUUCUUACAGGGGAUCUUGUGUGCUUUGCAUGGCAAAUUCCAAGGGGGCAUCUAGCAUGAGAAAUAUGGUGUACAAUGGAAAAAGCUCUUUACUGCCUCCUAAAAGUCCGUUUCCUAGCAUUUCCCCCUCGUAUGUUGAUUAUGUCCCUAGUUCUGCUGUCACCCAAAAAGGCAUUUCAAAAUCUAGAGAUGGUUCACACCAUCAGCGCACUUCUUCUGAAAGCUGUCUUAUAGAGGAGCAACCAUCUUGGUUGGAUGAUCUUCUUAACGAGCCGGAAACUCCAGUACGCAGAGGUGGCCAUCGACGUUCAUCUAGUGACUCCUUUACAUAUCAUGAUGCUGCUAACAUUGCACACUUAGAUUACAUAGCUCAAGAUGAUAACAAAUUCAGAAAUUUAACUCCCGUCCCUUCCUGGGGAUCCCAAGACUUUGAUUAUUACAAAGAUGCUCGGCAUGCCACAUUUCAUAUCGAUCAAAACUUCUCAAAUCGGCAAAAGAAUAGGGCAAGGGAUGCUUCUCCAAAUGCAAUACAACAUCACCGUGGCCGGCCCCCUUUUAGGGAAAAUGUCAAGACUCACAGCUUGGGAGCAUCAUGUCCUCCACAAGAAGGAGAGAGGCCCAAAUCUGCAGGAAGCGACAAGCAGGAUUUAGUUGAAUCUGUCCCUCCUAAUCCAGUGGGAUCAGGUGAAAAAAAGGAUUCUUCUCACAGCAAGAGUUCUGCAUCAGAAAGUGACACGAAACGUGCAAAGCAACAGUUUGCUCAACGAUCGCGAGUUCGGAAGCUUCAAUACAUAUCUGAGCUGGAAAGAAAUGUACAAGCUCUGCAGGCUGAAGGUUCUGAAGUGUCCGCUGAGCUUGAAUUCCUUAACCAGCAGAGCCUUAUUCUAAGCAUGGAGAAUAAAGCCUUGAAGCAGCGCUUAGAAAAUUUAGCUCAAGAACAGCUGAUAAAGUAUUUGGAGCAUGAAGUACUGGAAAAAGAAAGAGGAAGACUACGAGCAUUGUACCAGCAGCAGCAACUGCCACAGUCGCAGCAGCAACAGCAAUCAUCUUCCAGCCAUCGACGCACGACAAGUAGGGAUCUUGAUCAGCAAUUUGCAGACCUGUCUUUGAAACACAAAGAGGGUUCAGGCCAACUUCACAUGUGACUGUGACCGUAGCUAGGACUUUGAUCACAUCUUGACUUUCCCUCAGCUGAUUUUGCCUGGCCAGUGACAAAAUUAUACUAUUUUUAUUGUUCUAGAUAAGAAAGAGCUCCUGCCGUCCUUGUACUCUCUCUCAACGGCUUUGCCUCUUUCACCUUCUGGCGGUGAUUCUAAUUUCUGUAUUAUUAUGUACCCUCAGCUUUGUUAAGCAAGUGAUCUUUUUAUUUGCACCUGGUGAUCAGUGCUAGGAAUAGCAUUUGUGGCAGUUGGCUCACCUGAGGUGGUUAAUUCCGGCAUGAUUUCUCCUUUGUAUGUUUAAAAUUCAUUAGUUUCUCAUCAGCUUUCUAUGUUGUAACAUUUCCCUGCUAUUGGUUCCACCAUUUUUACCUUGGGUACAUUUUCAUGAUAUUGACUUGUAAGCAUUGAUAAUUAUUUCCCAAUUAUCAAGCUAUGAAAGCAUACUCUUUAUUUAAGCUA